UGUAAAGACAUCACGCCGGCGGAGACUCCGUCGUUUUACAACACGGCGGACAAACUGCUGAACUUAAUGCACGUAACGUUGAGAGAGGCACGAUACAUUGUAACGAUCGUGAUGGACCUCAAUGUCUUGCCGCUUGCGCUUCAAAUCACUUGUUUAGCCGGUAAUAUCUUGUCGAGGACACUGUUAGGCGGAAGGGCGGAGAGAAAUGAGUAUCUCUUGCUGCACGCUUUUCACCUGAAGGAUUACAUAACGCCGGAUAAGAAACUGGAGAGGAAACUGCGGGACGAUGAUGGCUCGCGCAGAAAGGCCGCGGCAUACGCUGGAGGUCUGGUACUCGAUCCGAAGAAAGGUUUCUAUGACAAACUGGUGUUGUUGAUGGAUUUCAAUUCCUUGUAUCCCAGCAUCAUACAGGAGUACAACUUGUGCUUCACCACUGUGCCCGGUGCAGCCUACGCUGACGUUGAGCAAUUGAGCAUUCCCGAGUCGAAUUUGGAAGCUGGCGUGAUCCCGACUGAAAUUCUCAAAUUAGUCAAGAGCAGACAACAGAUCAAGCAACUUAUGAAAGCGCCGAAUCUAUCUCCAGAGGUGAAAAUGGAUUACAAUAUUCGGCAAAUGGCGUUGAAGCUCACGGCCAAUUCCAUGUAUGGCUGUUUGGGUGCGACGCAUUGCCGGUUUUACGCUAAGGGUCUAGCUGCUUUGAUAACGGCAAAGGGUCGAGAAAUUCUGGAAAAUACGAAACACCUGGUCGAAAAAUUGCAGUACGAAGUAAUUUACGGCGAUACGGAUUCCUUGAUGAUAAACACCAACAUUUUGGAACACGAUGAAGUUUUCUCGAUCGGUAGAAAGAUCAUGCGGGAAGUCAAUAAUCGGUACAAAAAAGUGGAAUUGGAUAUCGACGGGGUAUUCCGGUAUUUAUUGCUGUUGCAAAAAAAGAAAUAUGCCGCCGUUACAAUGACCAAGUUGCCAAGUGGUCAAAUACAGUUGGCGCAGGAACACAAAGGUCUGGAUAUCGUGAGAAGGGAUUGGUGUCCAUUGGCUUGCGACACGGGAAAAAAAAUAUUAGAUAUACUUCUCUGCGAUCAAUCAGGCGAAACGCGUCUGGAACAAAUCGUGCAGAUCUUGCAGAACGUUGCGCAGAAUGUGAGGGAGGGAUCGGUGCCGCUGUCAUCAUUCGUCAUCACUAAACAACUGUCGAAGAAUCCAGACGCAUAUCCAGAUAAAAAGCAACUGUCUCACGUGAUGGUGGCAUUAAGACUAAAUAAAGCAGGUGGUCGGAUGUGGAAAGCCGGUGACACGCUGCCAUACGUUAUAUGCGAGGAUGGAACGGGUGCGAGCGCGACGGAACGAGCGUACCAUAUCGACGAAGUGAAGAACGAUGAGAAGUUGAAGAUAGACGUUAACUACUAUUUGCUGAGUCAGAUAUUCCCCGUGGUAUUACGCAUUUGCGAGCCGAUCGAAGGCGUCGAUGACGUCUUUCUGGCAAACAAUUUAGGUUUACAGUUUGUCUACAAGCCCAAGGCGCUGCCUUGCGAGGCGACCUUAAAUCUGCCGCUGGCCAUCAAUGACGAUAGAUUCACUAACUGCGCUCCUUUGGCGUUCAAAUGUAGGAACGAACGGUGCAGCACCGAAAUAGUGAUUAGGGAUAUUGUAACGGAGUUCUAUUCCGGUCGACAAUUGUCGCUCAGCAUGUGUCCCAAUCAGGACUGUAAAUUGCCACCUUGGAAAUACGCAAACAUGAUACAGAAUGCAGUUCAGCUUGCCAUAAGAAAAGCGAUCAGCAAAUAUUACAGUGGCUGGCUGGAAUGUGAGAAUCCAUUGUGCUCCAACAGGACCAGAAGGCUGCUGUUGGAUUUCGCGAAAAAGUUUCCAGACUGUCCGGCGUGCAAAGACGUUUCCAUGAGCAAAGUUUAUUCCGGAACGGAUCUCUACAAUCAACUGUAUUAUUAUCACAGAAUGUUUGAUAUUAAUCAGCCAGCUUACAAACAUCUGCUGGCUCAGUGUCCGCGGGACAUGAUAGCUGCGUACAAUACACUGAAAGAGGCCAUCGACAGGCAAUUGAAACGUAACAAGUUCUCGUGUGUAAAUAUCACGGGAAUAUUCGGGAAUAUUAACGCCAGUGCUAAUUCCGCAAGUACGAUCGGCGGUGCCGGCUCGCGGGAUUUCGAGGAAUUAGACUGUCUAUCCGACGACACGGAUAAAGAAAUUUGAGAGAAAACAUCACCGACUGAGGAGGAAGACAACGAUCGUAAAGGACUGUUGUUGAAGAAACCUUUGUAUUAAAUUAUCUUUAUUCUUGAAA